AUGACUACACCCCAGCUUUUCGACGAGUACGAUAUCAUAUUUGCGGGAGGUGGCACUGCUGCUGGUGUCAUCGUUGGACGACUGGCUGCGGCGGACCCGUCUCUGCGUAUUCUCAUCCUUGAGAUCGGGCCAACCGUCCGAGACAAUCUCGCCCAUAUCCAGCCGGGUCGCUUUCUGACACAUCUGUUGCCCGAGUCCCAGACCGUCAAGCACGUUAUCGGCAAGCCAAGCGAGCAUCUGAAUGGUCGUCAGCUCUCGACCCAGUGCGGGCAGUGCGUUGGGGGUGGCUCCAGCGUCAACUUCAUGAAGUACACGCGUGCGCCUGCCUCCGACUAUGACGACUGGGCGCAUCUGUAUAAUAACCCUGGCUGGAGCUUCCACGAGCUGCUCUCCUUUAUCAAGAAGGUAGAAACGUACCAGAAUGUGCCCAAUAGACCUACACAUGGAUAUGAUGGACCUCUCAAAGUCUCGUAUGGCGGUGCUCUCACCAGCGUAGGGACCGACUUCGUUGAGACUGUGCUGCGCUAUGACCGGACUCGCACAGCUGUCGACGAUGCGAACAGCAUGGUGCAAGACGUGAAUCGUAUCGAGCCCUGGCCCAAGUGGAUCGACGGGAAGACCGGCCGUCGGUCCGAUGUGGCGCAUCACUACAUUUAUCCAGCUCUCGACAAGUCAAAAAACGUGCACCUCCUCCCUGGAUGCGCGGUGAAGAGAGUCGUUAUAGAAGAAGGGAAAGCGACAGGAGUAGAGUUCUUGCACAACAUUCUUUUGUCGUCGGACGCUGAUACGACACCGCGCAUUGUACGCGCGAGCAAGCUUGUCGUUAUCUCUGCUGGAACAUUUGGUUCCCCUGGGAUCCUGGAACGAUCCGGGAUAGGCUCCAAAGAUAUAUUGGACCGCAACAGUAUCAAGCAAGUGGUGGAUUUGCCUGGAGUCGGAGAGAAUUACAAUGAUCAUCCACUAAUAUUUGUGCCCUUCCAUGCAAAGCAGGAUGCGGAUACCCUUGAUGGCAUCGUGCGGGGUGAUGCCGAUGAACUUGAAAAGUGGUCGGCCCAAUGGCAACAAAAUGGUCAAGGCCUUAUGGCAACGAACGGCCUAGAUGGCGGAUACAAAUUCAGACCAUCUGAGAAAGAAUUGCGGACGAUCGGUCCAGAGUUCGCAGAACGAUGGGCGUCGUAUUACGCUAGCACACCAGACCGCCCAAUCAUGUGGGCUGGUCAGAUAUCUCAGUACGUCGGACUCUCGCCUCCGGCAGCCAACCACAAAGCAUUUUGCACGGGCGUAUAUUCUACGCACCCCGUCGGCACGGGAUCCGUGCACAUUACUUCUGCUCAUGAUGUCCACUCACCUGUUGAUUUCGAUACGGGCGUGCUUAGUCGGAAAGAGGACCUGGCGGUAAUGCGAUACGCUUGGAAGCUUGCCAGGGAGUAUGGUCGACGCAUGUCUUCAUACAGAGGCGAAUACGCUCCCGAUCACCCCACGUUUCCACAAGACAGUGAGGCAGCUGUGUCGCAGGACCAUAAUACUCCAGUCGCUAUCGACGCUCCGGACAUCGUGUAUACUAAGGAGGAUGACGAGGCGAUCGACGACUUCCUGAAGGCUAGAAUCAUAACAGCAUGGCAUUCGCUUGGAACUUGCGCCAUGAAGCCACGCGAUCAGUUUGGUGUCGUCAAUUCGCGCCUCACCGUCUAUGGCGUUCAAAAUCUCAAAGUCGCCGACAUGUCUAUAUGUCCCUCAAACGUUGCGACGAACACCUACUCCACGGCUGUCAUGAUAGGCGAAAAGGCAGCUGCCAUCAUUGCAGAAGAUCUUGGUCUUGCGGAGGUAUAA